AUGGAAGAUUUUGGCCCAGUAGUCCGCUAUGGACCGAUAACAGCUCUUCAGUUUAAAGACGGAAAACUUUACUCUGGAAACGGGCCUUCCAUUGAAGUGUAUGACUAUGUGACAGGAGAGAUGGUGGGACAAAGAACCGUCUUUAAAGAUAAUAGAGUCCAUGGGUUACAAGGUUCCAAUGACGGCAGUUCAGUGGCUAUUCAUGGUGCUAAAUCUCUGCUUAUCUCUCGAUGGGAUCAUUUGUUUGAUGAGGAGAGGACACUAGAUGAAUUUUUUGUCAGUGAUUGGAUUAUCUCAACUUCGUUCAGCUAUGAUAACUCCUUGUUGUACGUCCUGACGGCUCAUAAUGCUGUUUUGGUAAUCUGUCUGAAUUCACUUCAAAUAAUUGAAACUCUUCAUUGCAACGAGAGAAGUAUUUUGUACUCGGGAUCAAUCAGAGUUCUUCCUGAUAAGGUUAUCGUCUGUGCAGGAACAGUGAUGAGUGGCAUUUUAUUAUGGGACUUGAGCUCUCGUUCCGUUAUUCACAAUCUAAAAGGUCAUGAAGGCUCCAUAUUUGGAGUACAAGCUGACACUAACGGAGAAUUGGUGGUGUCCUGUUCCGAUGAUCGAUCUGUCAAAGUGUGGGAUCUUGAAUCUGGGGAAUGUCUCAUGAGUGGAUGGGGUCACGGGGCUAGAAUUUGGAGUUUACAGUUUUAUGACAAUAAUACCAAAGUAUUUAGUGCUUCUGAGGACUGUACAGCCCGCUCUUGGGCUGUAGACAGAGAAAAAGGGGAACUUAAGUGCUUGAAAGUUUUUGACACUCAUUAUGGAAAGCAUAUUUGGGGUGCAGCUAUUUCUCAGGAUGAAUUAAUAGCGGCUACUGGAGGAGCUGAUGGGAGAAUAAGACUAGUCGAUCUGAAUAGUAAACUGGCCAGGAAAGGGUUUCAAGAAUUAGAAUUUUCUGUAGACUCCAUCAGUAAAUCGACCGGUUCACCGUUUGCCAAAGAUGAAAUCUUGAAAGGAGUUGCAGAGUUUGAUAACCUGAUUGUGGCAGUUACUUCAAAGGGUAAAAUCUUACAGAAAACGGGGCAAGAUAAUUGGAUACUAAUAGAACAAGACCCAUCCCUGGAAAAUUUUGUCAUUAUGAAAAGUCAAAAAGAAAGAAGGUUGGUAUUAUUAUCCAACAAUAAAGGAUACAUUCGACUCCUGCAAUUUGAUCGCUUGCUUAUUCAAGACAUUUUGAUACCUAAUUCUGUGUUUGAACAUAGUAAAUCCAACAUUUCUAAUGUCUUGAUUGCCGAUUACGACGAACAUUCAGUUCUUAUCUGUACUGAAACUCCCAACCCUAAAGAGCCAUUUCUUCUCACCAUCAUAGACUUGGAGGAGAACAUCAAGUUCACUCAGCACACAUUAAUCAAACCAGACAUGAGAUUUGUCUCUAGUUGUAUUUCUUUUGAUAUUGUCAACAAAUGGUUACUAAUUGGUUCCAGGUAUACCACCAUCGCCUUGUAUGAUAUCUCAACUUUGAAAAAUGAUUUAGAGCCUUUUAAAGUGUGGAAGAAAUACGUUCCUGGUGACACGAUCUCAUCUUUGAAAGUGUUAUCCUCCAUUGAAGAUGAAUCUCUGAUAAUUUUAACAACUAGAGAUGGGUGGUUCUACUACAUUCAAUUGUCAAAAUCAAACAAUAGCAUUACUGAUUUAAUUGUUCAAGAGAACAGAGUUCAGAAAGGUUUCGUGGAGGGCUGUUUUAUUCAUCCGUCAAGUGGGGAUUUACUGCUCUACGGAUUCAAGUCUUCCUUAUUUUUUCUGUGGAAUGAAACCAAACAACUAGAAGUUUUUAAUGAGAUUUGCGGAGGGCCUCAUAGAUUGUGGCAAUUCAACAUCAGAGAUGCAAAUACCAAUGACUACUCAUUCAUUUAUACUCGAGCCUCCGUUUUGAACGUCAGACAUACCGGAUCCUCCUUGUGGAAAGGAGAUAGUAUUUUAAGGCAAGGAACACAUGGAAGGGAAGUUCGUGAUAUAUCUAUUUCCUCAAGCUCUGUGAACGGAAAACGAUUACUGCUCACUGGCUCCGAAGAUACAACAUUGAAACUCUCCAGCAUAGAUGAAAACUCCUUAGAAAUCACUCAAUAUUGGACUCUUAGAAAGCAUGUUAGUGGUCUUCAAAAGGCCAAGAUAAUUCAUCAAGAUAAGGAGCUUGGUUUACAAUAUGCUUUGAGUUCUGCUGCAAGAGAGGAAUUCUUUGUAUGGUUGAUCUCUGAAAGUAUCCAGGGAAGCGUACCUUUGAUCUCUAAUUAUGCUACUUUGCCACCAUCAAGUGAAAUACAUCCUGAUCUUCGUAUUAUGGACUUUGAUGUUAUGAAACGAGCCGAUGAAAGCGGUAAAGUUACGGGCUUCUUGAUAUCCACAGUGUAUUCAGAUUCUACUAUCAAAGUAUGGGAUUUUUCAAUUACAAAAAGAGAGUUCCGGCUAGUAAUUGACGGAAAAUAUACCACCAUUUGCAUAUGGAAUGUGAAGUUCCUUCAACUUGGAGGCAAUCUGUACAUUUUGACGGCAGGUACUGACGGGCACGUUUGCAUCUGGGAUAUCACACAUUCUUUGAAUGACAGUGGCUACAGCCUUUUAUCUGGGGGUCAAAUCCAGGGACAUUGCAUCGGCGGAUCCAAAUUGGGAGAGCUACUGGUUAAACAGCAAAUCCAUCAAUCCGGGAUCAAAGCUAUGGACUUUGUUCAAGCUUCCAGUACUGAACUACUCAUUAUUACUGGAGGUGAUGACAAUGCACUGGGGUUACUGAAUCUGACGUUUACACCUGAAAAAUCUACUCUAAACUUGAGCAUUGUUGAUUUUAAAGACUCUGCCGCUACUUCCACCAUUACGGGCCUCAAUGUAAUUGAUUCUAGCACGUUUUUCACCACCUCUGUUGAUCAAGUAGUUCGAAUUUGGAAGAUUGACCAGGACAAACUAGUUCUACAGGCUCAAAAACGAACUGCUGUUGCAGAUACCGGAUGCUCAGAUGUCUGUAAUAUUUCUGGCAAAAACUACGCCGUAAUCGGUGGAGCUGGGUUAUCACUAUGGGGCGUUAACUGA